AUGACAAAACCAACAGCAUCUCAUCCCUUUGAUCCGCUUUCCCCUGAGGAAAUCGCCUUGGUUGUGCAAGCAGUCAAACAUGCCUACGCAGAGAAAAAUGUCAUAUUUCGCGUGGUCACACUCGCGGAACCGCGUAAGGUGGACAUGAUACCCUUCUUGGAAGCAGAACACGCUUCAAAAUCGGCCAUUCCACCAUGCCGGACCGCCAUGGUUCAGUUUUAUCUGGAGAAUUCCUCGGAUUUUCGGGAGAUUCAUGUGGACCUUUCGAGUCUCAAGGUGACAAAGGAGUUGAAGCUUACUGGAAAGCACUCCUACCUUGAUCCGCAACUGAUGGACGAAUGUGAACAAGCGUGUCUGAAAGACGAGCAAGUUCAGGAGGCGAUUAGAGCUCUACAGCUCCCUGAAGGUGCUGUUGUCUGCGUUGAGCCUUGGACAUAUGGCACAGAUGGCAUGCAUGAUAUGUCAAAGCGUAUUCUCAUGUGCUACUUUUACAUGCGACUGAACGAUCAUGGAGAUGCUAAUUAUUACGCAUACCCCCUUGAUAUUUGUGUCGAAAUGACAGACGAUCUGGAUGUGAUAGGGAUCCUUACCCUUCCAUCAGGUUGCCAUGACCGCGUGCAGCCCGCAGCUGAUGGAAUCAAACCAUUCGAUCGGAGGAAAUUGCACAAAUCGAGCGAAUAUCACCCUGAACUUGCCAAAGAGCGGCGUACAACGACUAGGCCGUACCAUGUUGUUCAGCCUGAAGGGCCUUCAUUCAAAACGGAUGGUAAUCUGAUUACUUGGGAGAAGUGGCGGAUGCGUGUUGGGUUCAAUUAUCGUGAAGGGUUGACUCUGCAUGAUAUCACAUAUGAUGGACGUAGCGUAUUCUAUCGCUUGUCUCUUUCCGAAAUGUUCGUCCCGUAUGGUGAUAGCAGGGCUCCAUACCCUCGAAAAGCUGCUUUUGAUUUAGGAAGCAAUGGAGCCGGAGUGAACGCGAAUAAUCUAAAGCUGGGAUGCGAUUGCCUCGGUUCUAUCAAAUAUUUUGACGGGUAUCAUCAUACUAUUUCUGGUGAUCCUCUAAUUCUCAAGAACGCCAUAUGUUGCCAUGAAAUUGACGACGGGAUCCUAUGGAAGCAUACAAAUUACAGAACGGAAAAUGCGGUCGUUACUCGGUCCCGAAUUCUGGCUUUGCAGACGAUCAUCACCGUUGGAAACUAUGAGUACAUAUUCGCUUUCCAAUUCACACAAGACGCUGCUAUCAACUAUGAAGUUCGGGCGACUGGGAUUCUAUCUACGGUGCCGAUUGAUCUUGGAGACUCUGUGCCCUAUGGCACGAUAGUGGCUCCUGGCGUGCUUGCUCCUUACCACCAGCAUCUAUUUUGCCUGCGAAUCGACCCUGCUAUUGGCGGCCAUGCGAACUCACUCAUCGUUGAAGAUUCUGUGCCAAUGCCGUUGGACGAACCCACAGUCCACAACCCCUUUGGCAUCGGUUAUACUACGAGCCAGAGCAUCAUUGACACAGAAUCAUUCCUUGACACGGAUAUCGCAAAGGGCAGGGUAUUCAAAAUAGUCAAUGAAAAUAUCACCAACCCCGUCACUGGGACCCCGAUAGGGUACAAGCUCGUCCCCCAUUAUUCGCAAAUGCUGCUGGCCCAUCCGUCAUCAAUCCAUGCCCGGCGGUCAGAAUUUUGUUCCCACCCAAUCUGGGUUACUAAAUACGACGAUAGAGAGCUGUAUGCGGCGGGUGACCAUACGAUGCAGUCUCUGGGAGGCGAGGGGAUUGAAUCCUGGAUCAAGUCUCGGCCUCACCCUGUGAGCGUGCGUAAUGAGGAUAUCGUGUUGUGGCAUGCUUUCGGGACAACGCAUAACCCUAGGGUGGAAGACUGGCCGGUUAUGCCUUGUGAGAAGAUGCUGGUCUCGUUGAAGCCGGUGAAUUUUUUCGAUAGGAAUCCUGCACUGGACGUUCAACUCAGUACUCAGGAGCGGAAUUGCAGUGUACUUGUUGAGGAUUCUGGAAAGAAAUCUUGA